AUGACAGCCCAUUACCUGUCUCUGUCAGACCAAGGUGGAGAUCAUCCCUCUGCAGGUUUAAGAAGUGUAGUUUUCCUUCCAACAAACACUGGAAAAGCUUGCCAGGUUAAAUGUUAUUACCACUUUGGGAGAUUAAGUGGAGCACUAAAUAUAGGAAUACGGACCCAUUUUGAUGGAGACGUCAGAGAGAUUUGGAAGCAAAAUGUGACCCAACGAGAGCAGUGGGAACGUGUCGUUGUAACUAUCAACAGCACAGAGAAAUUUGAGGUUGUGAUUCAAGGAAGAAUAUUUGCUGUUGACGGGCCAUCUGAAACAUUGGCGAUUGAUGACAUUUCCUUCAGUAAAGGAUGUGUGUCAGCAUCUGCUAAUGUCUGUGAUUUUGAGUCUGACCAAUGUGGCUGGAAUUCUGAGGAGCCAACAGAACAGAUUUCAUGGCAACGUAUGAAGGCCGGCGACAGUGGUGUGAAUGGGACUGCGCCAUUAAAGGAUCACAGCCUCAGCUCCACUGAAGGUCAUUAUAUCUGGGAAGCUCAGCUAUUGUUUAAAACACAGAGUGCUACACAGACUCAGUGGCUUGGUAACGAAGUGAAGAUUCCCACACGCCUUCAAGAGUUCCAGAUUGUUUUUGAAGGGACUAUUCAAAGCCCCACUGGAUUCCUCGCACUGGAUAGUUUUAAAUUAUCUAACUGUGGAGAAGUGGAAGUGCCAGUCUGUCCUGUGGGAAUGUUUGCCUGCAGGACUGGCUCCUGCAUCCCUAAUAGUUCAGUGUGUGAUUACCAGAUAGACUGCUGUGAUGGAGCUGAUGAAGAGCCACAAACUUGCUCCAACUACACCAUGUGCAAUUUUGAAUCUAAUUUGUGCGGCUGGGAACAGUUAAGCUCAGAUAAUGCGGACUGGAUAAGACAAGAAGGGCAGCCAUCUACCCAACCAGGGAUUCCCCACACAGACCACACUACCAGUGCACACAACGGCUCAUUUCUCUAUGUAACUGCAAACACACAUUCUGACCUGGAGGUUUUAGCUCAGCUUGGUAGCCCUGUUAUACAGAAACAAUCCCUGGUGUCACCAAUUUGCAAGGUGAGGUUUUGGUAUCAGCUGUCUGAAGGAGCUAAACUGGUGAUCUUCACAAGGACAGCACGGGGUGGUGAUUUAAGAAUGGCAGAUUACAUCAUAAACCAUACACCCAACAUAUGGGAAAAGGCUGAAAUAACCAUAGAACCAACUGCCAUGGAAACACUGAUUCCCUUUCAGAUUAUUCUUCAAGCCUCUGUUUCAUUAGGCAAUGCUUCUUUUGCGAUAGAUGACAUAAGUAUAACCCCAGCGUGCACUACUGCAGAAGUGUUGCUCCCUGAAACCACGACUGAACAUAAAGCUGCUACAUGUGAUUUUGAAGCAGAUGCGUGUGGCUGGUAUGAGAAUGUUCCAGGGGAUGGGUUUGAUUGGAGAUGGAGCUCACAAAGCACUGUUCCUCCUGAUUACCAGAGUCAGGCUCCUCCACAGGACCAUAGCACAAAUACAACAGAGGGACAUUUCAUGUUUGCUCUGAAAAACAGCAGCCGCUUUUCUCAGAUAGCUGAGCUGAGGAGUCCCAGGUUCAGCCAAUCUGCAUCAGGCUGUACAAUGUCGUUUUGGCAUUAUAAUUAUGGCCGGGCUGUUGGAGCAGCUGACAUGAAUUUAGUAGAGGGUGAAAAUUGCAGCACCACUGUCAUAUGGAGGACUUUAUACGAUCAAGGAGACCAGUGGUUGCAGGCAGUUGUACAGCUUGGUCGUCUUACGCAGCCUUUUCACUUCACCCUGACGAAAGUCAGCCUCGGCGUUUUUGAUGGGGUGUCAGCACUGGAUGACAUCUAUUUUGAAAACUGCUCCCUUCCCCCACCCGCGGCAAGCUGUGAAGGCAGAGACAAGUUCCACUGUCGAGAUACAAAGGUCUGCAUUGACCGUCUACUUGUGUGUGACCUCGUAGAUGACUGUGGUGAUGGAUCUGAUGAAGACCACUGCUUGAUGGAUCUGCAGUGCAGCUUUGAAAAUGGGCUUUGUAGUUGGACACAGGAUACUGCUGAUAACUUUGACUGGGCUCGAAUCCAGGGCCCCACUCCAACGUCAAAGACAGGGCCUUGGAAAGACCACACUCUGGGAACUGUGAAUGGACACUACCUCUACAUAGAGGCAUCAGACUGGAAUUUCCUAGACACAGCUGUGCUGCUCAGCCAAACCUUUGAUUCAACCAUAUCAAAUGAGGAGAAGCCAUGCAUCUUCCGCUUUUACUAUCACAUGUUUGGGCAGCAUAUUUAUAAACUGUCUGUAUACAAGAGAUCUUCUACCGCAACCAAAGGAGAAUUGCUCUGGGUCAAAUAUGGGGAACAAGGCAACAUCUGGUUAAGAGAAACCCUGUACCUCACCAGCUACCAACCCUUCCAGAUUUUGGUGGAAGGUACUGUGGGUGAUGACUUUAAUGGAGAUAUUGCAAUUGACGAUCUGUCCUUCAUGGACUGUGUUCUCUAUAAUGGUGAGUUACCACCAACAGCCCCAACAACACCUUCAGGAACCUCAAACCCUACCACUGCACACCCUCACAACUGCACGGUGAACCAGUUUGUGUGCAGAGCUACUGGCCACUGCAUUGACCUCAUGAACAGAUGUGACUUUAAAGAUGACUGCUCCGAUAAAUCAGAUGAAUUCACCUGCGUACAUCCAAUGUGUGAUUUUGAAGGAGGUAAUAUGUAUGGCUGGUACCAAAAUAUAAUGAAGAUAUCUUCAAAUGUAGAAUAUGAUUUUCAUUGGUUAACUGGUCAAGGCUCUACCCUCCACCCUAGUGAAAUGAACCACAGGCCCACCACUGACCAUACUUUAGGGACUCCUCAAGGCUGGUAUAUGUAUGCUGACAGUUCAAAUGGAGAAUUUGGUCAAAUUGCAGACCUCAUGACACCAGUGAUCUCUCAGACUGGGCCGCAGUGUAAACUAGUAUUUUGGUACCAUAUGAAUGGAGUCACAGUGGGGUCGUUACAGGUAUUCAGCAAAUUUGGCAAUGUAACUCAUGAGGUUUGGUCUCAGAGUGGAAGCCAAGGUAACAAAUGGAGACGAGGAGAAGUAAUCCUUGGAAUCCUCUACAAUUUUGAGAUUAUCCUGAGGGCAAAGCGUGGUGUGAGUUACAUCGGAGAUGUAGUAGUGGAUGACAUUUAUUUUGAAAACUGCGCCCCUUUGCUGAUUCCAGACAGGCAGUGCACUGCUAAUGAAUUUGCAUGUGCCAACAAAUACUGUGUCCCGAAAGACAGUCUGUGUGACUUUAAAAAUGACUGUGGUGAUGCUUCUGACGAGAAUCCAUUUAUUUGCAGAACCUUCGAGGGGCGCUGUGAUUUUGAAUUUGACUUUUGUUCUUGGCAUCAGUGGCAUACCGAUGAUUUUGACUGGCUUCUGAAAGCUGGAAGCACACUUACUACUGGAAGUGGGCCUCCCACAGACCAUACAUUAAGAGACACUUCGGGACAUUAUAUCUACGUCAAGCCACAGGCUCCUGAGAACAAGGCUAGAAUUUCAGGUCCAACUAUCAGCAGGAACAGUAAAGAAUGCAAGAUCAUUUUCUACCUCCACAUGGCUGGAAAUGGUAUUGGAACACUGAAUGUGUACCAGGUGACCAAUUCAGAUCAAUACUUGUUACUUCUGAACUUAACUGGGGACCAGGGGAACUACUGGCAAAGAAGAGAGCUCUCACUGUAUGCCAAGGAAGACUUUGUGGUGAUGUUUGAAGGGCAGGCUGGGAAAGACGUGAAGCAACUUAUAUCUGUGGAUGAUAUUCUUUUCACCAGAGAAUGCCUGCUAGCUUCUUCAUCUGGCCCAACAGAACCAACACCACUUCCUCCCUCAGGCUCCUGCCCACAUGGCUAUUUGGAGUGUCAGAAUGGAAAGUGUUAUAGACCAGAACAAAGCUGUGAUUUUGUGAAUGACUGUGAAGACAAUACAGAUGAGAAAGAAUGUGGCACCUCCUGCAACUUUGAGAUGGGGCGCUGCGGAUGGAGAAAUUCUUUGGCAGAUAACUUUGAUUGGAUACUAGGAGUGGGCUCAACGAAGAAUCUUCGACCUCCGAUCGACCACACACUGGGGGAUGAAAAUGGGCACUUUGUGUAUCUUGAGGCCUCCUCUGAUGGGCUGAAAGGUGACACAUCUCACAUGAAGAGCUCCAAGUGGAAAGAGUCCAGAGCUACUUGCAAGCUGGCGUUCUGGUAUUAUUUUUCUGCCAAAGCCACUGGGUUUAUCCGGCUCCUUGUGAAGACAGAGAGAGGUCUUACAGAGCUAUGGAACAUGACUGGAAACCAAGGAGACAAGUGGAACAUGGCUGAGGUGCCACUGAGGAAGAUGAGAAACUUUGAAGUGAUAUUUGAAGGAAUUCGAGCCAAGGACUUUGGAGGAGGAGCUGCUAUAGAUGACAUUGAAUUUGUCAACUGCGUGCCAGGCGGAGAGCUGCCAGGACUGUGCCCUGUGGUCACUGAUUAUGUGUGUAAGAAUGGAAAGUGUAUUGAAUCCCACUUUAUCUGUGACUCCAAGCCAGACUGUGAGGAUGAGUCGGAUGAAACUGACUGCAGUGACAUUCUGUCAAUGCCUGGUGCCUGCAAUUUUAACAUGGCUGAUACAGAGUCCUGGGAAGCACAAUGCUUCCUAGAGCAAAACAUGAACGAUGACUUUGACUGGAGUAUGGGCUGGAGUUCAGUGGCAGAAGGAACAGGCCCAAGCAGUGAUCAUUCCAAAGAUGGUAAAGGGAGAUACAUUUACAUCAAUUCUGCAGCCCAGAUGGAAGGAGACAUUGCAAUACUAACAACAAACCUGCCCUACCCAGCAAGCCUUGGGGUCUGCCGUGUACGCUUCUGGUACCACAUGUAUGGCUCAAGACAUAUGGGGACAUUGAAGGUUUAUACGGUUGGAGAAAGUGGCAUAAGCCUGUUGAUGUGGUAUGUGAAUGGCUACCAAGGAAACACGUGGAACUAUGCAAAUGUUGUUGUCUCUAAUCACAGCCCCUUUAGAGUGGCCUUUGCAGCUGAAGUGGGUGGAGACAGUCUAACUGAUAUUGCCUUGGAUGAUAUUUCUUUCACCCCAGAGUGUGAAGUUGGAGGCCCAAUAACACCUCAACCCCCGACCUGCAGCCCGGAUUCAUUCCAAUGUCAGUAUGUUUACGAGUGUAUACCACUGACUUGGCUGUGUGAUUGGGAGCCAGACUGUGUGGAUGAGUCUGACGAGUCAAACUGCCCCACUAAGAACCCAAGCACCCUGCCCCCUCAGGAUCGGUGCGGGGACAGACAGUUCCAGUGCAGCAAUGAGCAGUGCCUGCCCUCCCUGCUGAGAUGUGAUGGAGUCGCUGACUGCCCCAGCGCUGAAGAUGAAUUUAGCUGUCCUUCUAAACUGUGCUUGAACGGCUCACUGCUGUGUGAAGACACAAGAAGGUGCGUGCCUGCCUCCCAGCGCUGCAAUGGCAUUGUAGACUGCAUUCAAUUCCAGCCUGAUGAGUCAAGUUGCACAGAAUGCCCGAGUGAUUACUGUAUGAAUGGAGGGAUGUGUUUUAUAGAAAUGGCAGGCCCUAUGUGCCGAUGCAAACAAGGAUGGCGGGGGAAUCGCUGUAAUCUGAAAGAGAAGCCAUUUCCAACAGUGAGCACAACGCCUUAUCAUGAAAACGGAUCUGCUGGCAUUUUUGCUGGUCUGGUAGCUGGAUUAAUUCUGCUUGUGAUUGGAGUAGCUGCUGUUUCGUUGGUUGUGUAUAGAAGAAAAAUGUGCCCUCAGAAACCUACUGAGGUGGGUUAUGGAAUAAUGGAAAAUCCUGUUUAUGGGGGUUUUGAUGGCAAAUCCGAGUUCUUCAUGAGCGAUGCAGUCCCUGGGGUUAGUGUAAGUGUUUAUCCAUGGCUGGAGGAGCGCCAGGAGGAUCUUGGCAUUAAAACAGAUACUGCUCAUUCAUUUGCCAAUCCUUUGUACGUAUCUUCUGCUGGAGAUGUGAAACCUACUGCAUGAUGUCCUGAAGCUUAAAAAAUGAUCAUCUUUCAGUGUUGAAAACCAUUUGAACAAAAGAACGACUGUAAAACAAAUCACACAUGUGUUAUGUUUCUAAUUUGGUUUGUUUAAAUUAUACAUGCUGAUACUGUGGUAAUGCAUACAAAUUUAAAGUACAUAAUGUAAAAACAUUUUUUUGUUCAACAAUAAGUCAAUAAUCCAUGCUGACUGUAGACUGAAUUGUGGUAACAUGAAAACUUAAAAGGAUGAAUUGGCAAGCUCUUGCAGACAAAUAAAAAUAAUUGUUUUAUAUUACCCAGACAUCUUUGCUGAUGCUAUAAACACAUCCACCCAAGAACAAAGGUUGCAUUUAAUGUGUUCUUACAGCCUGAUAAAAUCACUGCCUGUUAGCUGUUGCAAAAAAUGAAAUCGACUGUCUAAAAAGAAAAAGAAUAAAAAAGAACCUUAAACUUUUUUGAUGAAAAGCAAUUUUAUAUAAAGUUGCAAAUCAAUUUUACAGCACCACUGCCUGUUUUUUUUUAAUACUCUUUUUUUGUUAUGUUAUUUUGGAUUUUGAAGGCUUCAGUUCAUAUUGACAGCAUGUGCUUUUAAAGAAAGCAAAGCUGGUUGCAUGCAAUCGAUUUUGUUCUGUCUUUCUGAAAUUCUGGUGCUUGCAAAUAAGCCAUAAGUUUAGGCAAAAAAGCAUCAGUUAUACAUCAGUACUACAAAUAAACAUUCUCUCAGUGUAUUUUAUGUUAUUGAGUGCUCACAGAAGGCAAGGGGAAAUGGCACUGCUUACAGUCAGCCAUGGUGCCAGCAUUCCAAGCAACAGUUACCCUUUGUUUAAAAUAUCUUUCUUUGUCUUUUGACUUAUUUAAUUUCAGCUGUAUUAGAAAAUUAAUAUUGAACAUCGUUUUUUUGUUUGUUUUGUGUUGGGUGUGCAGCAGUUGCAUUUUCAGUUCUCUCUCUUGAAUACAAUAGUUUAAAACCAAUUUAGCAGUUUUCUGCCUGCCCUGCAUUCCUGCAUUCAUGUGACACAUACUAAUAAUGCCUACCAAAUCGAAAAGUAAGGGUGCUGCCAGCCUUUGGAGUACUCUUAUUUACUGUGUGAAUAAAAGAGAUUCGCACUGAGGGUAAAAAACAAUUCAAACACAGCAAAACCAUUGUUUUGCACAUUCUCAAUAUCUAUCAUUGUACAGCUGUUUAAGGCAUUGACAUCCUGAUACCUAGUAUAAGAAAGAAAAAAACACAUUGGAUUUAGUGUUUUUAUUUUUCAGUAUAGACUAGCAGGAGUGGAGUGAUGGGAGAAGCAGGUGGAAAACAGCUGCUUAAUCCCAGCAGAAAAACAAAAACAUUACAGCCUUUAUUGACGUACAAUAACUAUGAGUGAAAUCAAGCAUAUAACAGCCAGCUCCAGUCUUUCUCAGGAAAUAAGCUUUGAAUGGUACCAGUAUAGCAAAGCGAGCUCAGAUUGAAUCGAGGCUUGUUUGAUAGAUUCUGAAAGAUGGUAUGGUAGGGCAUCACUUCUCAAGUUCUGUCACCUACAGUACACCGAUAUUUUUUACAUUUACUGAGCCAAUCAGAAACCCAGUUCUUGUUGGUGAUACUGGAGGAGAGCAGGGAUCUACAGUAAUUCAUAUGCACUCCCUUCUGCUCCUGGUUUGUCUGGUCAAGCCCUCCACUCAUUUCUCUGGUAGGUACACAUUUUUACAAUCAAUCAAGAUGAAUUGGAGACCUAAUGCAUGUAAUACAGAAAAAUAAAUAAUAAAUAGAUAAACUGAAACUGCUCUACACUAUCUUAGGUUAAACUAUCUACUUGACUUUUUACCUUAAAAACAAGGGACUACACAAGGGCCGUGUAAAUGUAUCAUGGGGGUCAUAUACCUAAUUAAAGUGCCACAUAAAAGCUAAAAACAUGUCAGAAUUAUAAGUAAAGACAUGACUAUCUGCUGAAAGCUUCUUCCAAACCGAUUCAAAAUAUAAGAUGCCUUUCAACCACUCUGGCUGCAAUGUCACAAACCACAUAAUGCAUUUUAUUUUCAGGCUUUACUUGAUCAGAUCUGAAAGGCAAAUCACCAGUUUUACAUGCAAACUAUUACUUUAAUGCUUACCAAGAGCUACUUAUAAUAAUAUGUUCAUCUAUGAUUGCAAUGUAUUACUUGUAGCAAAUGCCCUGUGUUGUUUAGGAUACAUUUGCACACAGACCAUAAUGAAUAAGCCUCGGCAAUGAAAGAAGAUGGCAUAUUCUUUAGAGGAAUGCAAAUAAUUCUAAUAGCCAUAUUUUAACCCAUUAUCCCGUUUUUCUCAACUGAAACACGUAUUAAACACAGUCCUUGUUAGAGGAGAAAGAGAGCAUAGCUGAGCAGUUCUGGUUUUCUAUUUUGUAUUUUGUGUUGUAUAUGUGGUCCCCGAGAGCAGCUGCAGUCAAGGUACCUCAUAUAGCGCCAGCAACAUUAAAUUGUGGUGCCAGUAAACAAGUUACAUUGUUCUUCUCUUUUUGCUUCUCUUUUUUUUUUUGUUUUAAAUUCCUUAGCAACCAUAGAUGAUGAUAGUUUUUCAUUGGUCUGGACUACCCACCCACACUCAUCCACAUCCACAGGAGAGAAGGUUAUUUACUGAAACACGCAACAUUAAAAACUUUGAAGGGGGGGAGCUGGAUCUUGAUUAGGGCAGAGUUUGAUCAUUUAGGGCCAGUAGGCUAUUUGGUGUUAAACUUGCAAAACAGUUUAGUACACUUUUCAAUAUGAUUUGCACCCCUGUAUAUGCGUUGCUGAAAACAGUUAAUAUUACGACCAAAGACAAAUUCAGGAUUUUAAGAUAUCCCCAGACCUUAAUCAAUCUUAAAUAUAAACUGCAGCACACACAAACCUUUUGUACCAACAUGCAUAUACAUGUGUACCUUACUAUGUCAUGUGAUCCACAUACUGUAGCUAAUGCAUGAAGUAAUUUGAGGUUUAGAAGGAAUCAUUUUGUAUCUUGUGUUAUUAAUGAACGUGCCCUUAAGCAAUGCUCGAAUGUGAAUGCAAUGUUGCAUGUUAUUGGAAACAUUUGUAACAUGUUCUGUACAUGUAAAUGAGCCUUUAUGGACAUAGAAUAUACAAAAAUAUGUUUGUUUUAUCACAACCAAGUACAUAUUUUACUAUAAUUAAAAAUAAUGUUUGUUCAUUCUGUUUGUUCAUA